AUGCUUACAAGCGUCCUACCCUUCUCGCCCGAAAUGGCGGCCACCGUCACGGAGUAUUGCACCAAUCACUCGAAUGACACUUCAGCGGACAUGAAAGAACUCUGGGACUGGACCUAUGAGAUGUUUGACAACAUGAAUGCGGGCAAGAACACCGCCGACAAGAUGUCAUCCCCCCUCCAGGGGGCCACCAACAAGUUCCUCGCCGAGUUCUUGCACCCGAAGAGGAGCAACGCUCUGGCCUGGUAUGAAGGCACCAAAGACACCAAGGCCGAGAUUGUGACCCUAGAGCUUGACGCGGAGAUGAUUGAGGCUGCUAAGCGCAAUCUAAACCGCUUCGGCAUUGGCGAUCGCGUCAAGCUGGUUGAGGGACCCGCCCAGGAUACCAUUGCUCAGCUGGACGGGGAGUUCGACCUGAUCUUUGUCGACGCUAACAAGGAUGGCUACCAGGGCUAUGUCAAGCAGAUCCUGGACAAGAAGUUGCUGUCUCCCCAGGGGCUGAUCAUGUGUGACAACGUGUUCGCCCGCGGUAUGACGAUCUCGACCUCGGCCAAUCCUUCUCUGCCCAAGGAGCUGAGGCCCUACUGGACCGAGUGCGGCAAGGCUCUUGACAGGUUCAACAAAUUCUGCAAGGAUGAGCCAAGGAUCGACACUAUCGUCCUUCCCGUUUACGAUGGGCUGACCUUGAUCAAGUGGAAGACCACCUCCUAA